AUGGCUAUCAUCACUGAGUCUUUUAUCGGCGAUCAAUCAUCAUCACCGCCACCGGAAGCUACAUCGGGUCAAAACAACUCAGAGUCGACCCGGCCUAAUGAUGCUGACCCGUUCAAAAAGGUGAAUGUGGAGCAGUGGAUUCUUGAGCUUCGCGAUAGACGUACCCGAGAAAACGCGCUGCAACGCCUCUCUAAGGAAAUACUUGAGGUGUACCCAAUGGUCACAUCUCCACAUCUUCUUACCCAGGAGGCAUCAAAUCGAGCAUGCAACACACUCUCUCUAUAUCAGUGCGUAGCUGCUCAUCCAGAGACAAGAAAUCUAUUUGUCAAAGCCAACAUUCCAAUGUAUAUCUACCCUUUCCUCGGCACUAAGAGCAAGGAAAAACCUUAUGAAUAUCUGAGGCUGUCCAGCUUGGGUGUUAUUGGUGCCCUUGUGAAGGAUAAUGAUGAAGACAUCAUCACUUUCCUUCUCCAAACUCAAGUGUUCUGCUACUGCAUCCGCUGCAUUGAAGUUGGCACUAUACUGUCAAGAACUGUGGCCACAUUCAUAAUUGAAAGAAUUCUGAUCAGUGAUCAGGGAAUGAAGUACUGCAUCACUUUCGCGGAUAGAUUCUAUGUCAUCACUCAAGUUCUUAGCAGGAUGCUCGAUAAGCUUCCCGAAGAACCCUCCCACCGGCUGCUCAAGCUCAUCAUUCACUGCUUUCUCAGGCUCUCAGAUGGUCUAACCGGGGACGUUGACAGCUUAAGCCUAUGUCUCCCUAGGAGCUUGAGGGAUUCUAGAGUCAUUAACCUCGUCUCUGAAGACCCAGUAGCCAUGUCGUAUCUGAAGCGCCUGUAUUGCAACGUUGCAGCAGGGAGGAAGCCUAAUGGAGGAUCAGGCACCGAGUCAAAUGGCCGCGUGGCUAAAGGCUGA